GCUUCUCUCUUUCUUUCUCCAUCCCCCAUAACAUCUUCUCCACUCUUACUUAGCCAUGGAUCCCAGCGGUGCCGCUCCCCCACCCGGUCCCGACGAUGUUUCCACCGCAAUUCUGCGUCCAAAGAAGUCGCCAAACCGUCUCAUUGUCGACGAGGCGACAUCAGAUGACAACUCAGUCGCGACCCUCAACCCUGUCACAAUGGAGACCUUGGGACUCUUCCGCGGAGAUACCAUUAUCGUCAGGGGUAAGAAACGGCGAGACACCGUUCUCAUUUGUUUGAGCUCGGACGACGUAGAGGAAGGCCGUAUCCAGAUCAACAAAGUAGCACGCAACAACCUUCGCGUCAAGUUGGCGGAUCUCGUCAACGUACAUCAAUGCCUAGACAUCAAAUACGGCAAGCGUAUACACGUCCUGCCCUUCGACGACUCUGUCGAGGGCCUCAGCGGAAAUAUCUUUGAUGUGUAUCUCAAGCCAUACUUCCUCGAAGCCUACCGACCAGUCCGCAAAGGUGACACGUUCCUUGUUCGUGGCGGUAUGCGAACGGUCGAAUUCAAGGUCAUGGAGACCGACCCCGCAGAAUAUUGUAUCGUCGCACAGGACACGGUCAUCUUCACAGAGGGUGACCCCGUCAAGCGUGAAGACGAGGAGUCCAAUCUUAGCGACGUCGGUUACGACGACAUCGGUGGCUGCCGCAAGCAGAUGGCUCAGAUUCGCGAGCUUGUCGAACUUCCUCUCCGCCAUCCUCAACUCUUCAAGUCGAUCGGAAUCAAGCCUCCUCGCGGUAUCCUCAUGUACGGUCCUCCCGGUACUGGUAAAACGCUCAUGGCGAGGGCUGUCGCAAACGAGACUGGUGCUUUCUUCUUCUUGAUCAAUGGACCAGAGAUUAUGAGUAAGAUGGCUGGAGAGAGUGAGAGUAACCUGAGGAAGGCAUUCGAAGAGGCAGAGAAGAACUCCCCCGCCAUCAUCUUCAUCGACGAAAUUGACUCCAUCGCACCCAAACGUGAAAAGACGAAUGGCGAGGUUGAGCGUCGUGUUGUCUCCCAACUUCUCACCCUCAUGGACGGUCUCAAGGCUCGCUCGAAUGUCGUCGUCAUGGCUGCAACCAAUAGGCCGAACUCCAUCGAUCCUGCCCUUCGUCGUUUCGGUCGUUUCGAUCGUGAGGUCGACAUUGGCAUUCCCGACCCCACUGGACGUUUGGAAAUCUUGCGCAUUCACACCAAGAACAUGAAACUCGCCGACGACGUUGACCUUGAACAGAUUGCCGCGGACACGCACGGUUACGUCGGAUCCGAUGUCGCUGCACUUUGUUCGGAGGCUGCUAUGCAGCAGAUUCGUGAGAAGAUGGACCUCAUUGACUUGGACGAAGACACUAUCGACGCCGAAGUUCUCGACUCUCUCGGUGUGACUAUGGAGAACUUCCGCUUCGCUCUCGGCGCCUCCAACCCCUCUGCCCUUCGUGAGACCGUCGUCGAAGUACCUACCGUCAAAUGGGAAGACGUCGGUGGUCUGGACAAAGUCAAGCAGGAGCUCCAGGAGACGGUUCAGUACCCUGUGGAGCACCCCGAGAAGUUCAUCAAGUACGGCAUGCAGCCGUCGAAGGGUGUUUUGUUCUAUGGCCCGCCUGGUACCGGUAAGACGCUGCUCGCUAAGGCCAUCGCCAACGAGACCCAGGCCAACUUCAUCUCAAUCAAGGGCCCUGAGCUCCUCACCAUGUGGUUUGGUGAGUCUGAGGCCAACGUCCGUGAUGUCUUCGACAAGGCUCGUGCCGCCGCACCAUGUGUCAUGUUCUUCGAUGAGUUGGACUCCAUCGCCAAGGCCCGUGGUGGCUCAUCUGGCGACGCUGGAGGUGCCGGAGACCGCGUUCUCAACCAGAUCCUUACCGAAAUGGACGGUAUGAAUGCCAAAAAGAACGUCUUCAUCAUCGGCGCCACCAACAGGCCGGAUCAAAUCGACUCUGCGCUCCUUCGUCCCGGACGUCUUGAUCAGCUCAUCUACAUCCCCCUUCCUGACGAACCCUCUCGUCUCUCUAUUCUUACCGCCACCCUUCGCAAGUCUCCAAUCGCUCCCGAUGUGGACCUAGGCUUCUUGUCGAAGAGCACGCAUGGCUUCUCUGGUGCCGAUUUGACGGAGAUUUGCCAGAGGGCCGCCAAAUUGGCCAUCAGGGAAAGUAUCGAGAACGACAUUAGGAGAGCGCGGGAGAAGAAGGCAAAGGAGGAAGCCGCUGGUGAGGAUGCGAAGAUGGAGGAGGAUGAAGAGGAGGAAGACCCUGUUCCUGUCAUCACAAGAGAGCAUUUCGAGGAGGCCAUGAAGUACGCUCGUCGCUCCGUAUCCGAUGCGGACAUUCGGCGAUACGAGAUGUUUGCCCAGAACUUGCAACAAUCCCGCUCCUUCGGUUCAUCCUUCAAGUUCCCUGAAGGUGGUGCUGCUGCACCGGGCGCUGCUCCCGCUGCCGGAAACGCGGGCUUCACUGACGAUACGCAGGAUGAUGAUUUGUACGCUUGAGUGAUUUGUGACGCGCAUGAUCAUUUGCAACGUUUCUAGCAUGAAUGUGAUGGAGUAGAUUGUUUUCCCCUUGUAUCUUAGCAAUGAACCAGUGUUUUCUCAUUUUGCCCAUGUGCUCUUGGCUCGAUAUAAGGUAGUAGUGAAUCUGUGGUUGGACGAUCCUUGUUCGCAGGAUGUAAUGCUGUGUGGCCCAAGUAAU